AUGUCAAUAGAUAAGGCUUGGAUGUUUAUGAAAGAUAGGGGGUCACAAGAAUGGCAAAAUGGUAUGAAAGCGUUUCUAGAUAUGGCUUUUGCCGAAGUAGCAGAGGCAAAUACAAUUCGAUGCCCAUGUCGUAAAUGUGUUAAUGUGGUUCCUAAGACACGUAAUGAGGUAGCACUGGAUUUGUGUAAAUUUGGAAUGGAUCAAAACUACAAGAUAUGGAUCCAUCACGGUGAAGAGUGGUAUGAUGAACCAUCUAAUGAAAAUAGUGGGGGCAUAGAUAAUGAAAGCAAUCAGGAAAGAAGUGAUGAUGCUAGGGCAUAUGAGAUGAUCAAUAAUAUGAUGAGAGCUGAGAACUUGGCUAGUACUACAAUUGGUGGAGAUGAUGAUUUGCAUAUGCGGGAUAGUGAGGAACCAAAUGAUAAUGCUAAGAAAUUCUUACUAUUGUUACAGGAUGCGGGACAAAAGUUGUACCCUGGUUGUAAAAAUUUAACAAAGUUAUCAUUUGUUAUGAGGUUGUUUCAAAUGAAGUGUCUAUAUGGGUGGAGUAACAAAUCAGUUGAGGGAUUACUUGAAUUUUUAAGGUUUUCAUAUCCUGAUGGCAAUUUGGUUCCUGAGUCAUUUUACAAUGCAAAAAAAAUGAUUCGGGAUUUAGGACUUGACUACGAAAAGAUUGAUGCUUGCAUUGAUGAUUGUGUGUUGUAUCGAAAUGAGUAUGCUGAUUUGGAAAAAUGUCCAAGAUGCAAGAAGUCUAGAUGGAAAUCGAAUGAGAGUAAUGGUAAUAUCAUUGGGAAGAAAAAGAACCACAAAAAGGUUCCUCAAAAGAUUCUACGUUAUUUUCCAUUAACCCCUAGGCUACAAAGAUUGUUUUUGACAAAAAAUAUAGCUUCCGAAAUGAGAUGGCAUAAAGAGGGUAGAGUAGAUGACGGUGUGUUAAGGCAUCCAGCCGACUCCAUGGCAUGGAAACAACUAGAUGAGGUUCACUCUUGGUUCGCAUUAGACUCUCGUAAUGUUCGACUUGGCCUUGCAAGUGAUGGGUUCAACCCCUAUGGGGUUAUGAGUUCAAGCCAUAGUACAUGGCCUGUUAUGUUAAUUCCAUAUAACUUGCCACCAUGGAUGUGCUUGAAGCAACCUUUUUGGAUAAUGUCCAUGAUUAUACCUGGUCCUACAUCACCUGGAAAUAACAUUGACAUUUAUCUACAACCAUUAAUUGAUGAAUUAAAUCAAUUGUGGGAAAAUGGUGUCGAGACAUAUGAUGUCUCAUUGGGGCAGAAUUUUCGUUUGCAUGCAGCAAUUUUAUGGACAAUCAAUGACUUCCCUGCAUAUGCAGUAAUGUCUGGAUGGAGCACCAAAGGAGGGCUAGCAUGUCCAUGUUGUCAUAAGGAUACGGUGUCAUUAAGACUUAAGCAUGGACGAAAGCAUUGUUAUAUGGGUCAUCGCAGAUUUUUAGAAGCUAAUCAUAAAUGGCGUAGGAAUAAAGAAGCAUUUGAUAACACAAGGGAAACAAGAGAAGCACCAAAGCCAUUAUCAGGGGAUGAUGUGAUUGAACAGUAUAAAACUUUUGAGCAAGUGAUCUUUGGCAAAACCACGGGUAAGAGGAAACGAGAUCAAAAGAUAAAGUGUUAUAAUUGGCGAAAGAAGAGUAUAUUUUUUGAUUUACCAUACUGGAAGACAUUGUUACUUCGUCAUAAUUUGGAUGUGAUGCAUAUAGAAAAGAAUAUUUGUGAUAGUAUAUUGGGAACGCUGCUUGAAAUAAAAGGGAAGACAAAGGAUGGCCCAAAUGCACGUCAUGAUCUUAAAGUAAUGGGAAUUAGAAAAGAUCUACAUCCAAAACGUAAAGAAUUAACUGUUGAAGCAUUGGACCAAAUAGAUCAUCAAAUUGCAGAAACCCUCUGUAGAUUGGAACAAGUAUUUCCACCUUCAUUCUUUGAUGUUAUGAUGCACUUACCGAUUCACCUUGCAUAUGAAGCUAAGGUGGCAGGACCUGUGCAAUAUAGGUGGAUGUAUCCAAUUGAGAGAUAUUUACGCACGUUAAAAGGGUAUGUGCGUAACAAAGCUCAUCCAGAAGGAUCAAUUGCUGAAGGGCAAAACUGCAUGUUUGAAGCUCUUUGUAAUUCAGAGCUCCAAAUGGCACAUCAUUACAUUUUAACCAAUUGUGAAGAAGUUUCUCCAUGGGUUGACGAACAUAUUAGGGAGCUUACAUCAAUAAACCCUCGAAAUGUAGAACAAAGACACAAAGAACAAUUUUCAAAGUGGUUUAAGUCUCAAAUUGAACAACUUUAUGACAAUCAGGAUGAACGGAUAAAUGAACAAAUUUUAUCAUUAGCUCGAGGGCCAGAUUCUUGUGCACGAGUUUAUUCUCAAUACACUAUUAAUGGUUUCUUAUUUCGUACAAAGGAAAGUGAGCAGAUGUUAAAAACCCAAAAUAGUGGUGUGGUUGUGAAAGGUGAUGAAAGUACGGGGUAUAUAGAUUGGUUUGGUGUCAUUAAAAAGAUUAUUACUUUAGAUUAUUUGGGAAGUAAUGAAGUUAUUCUGUUUAAAUGUGAUUGGUUUGAGGUGCCACCUCAAGGUAGACACCAAAGUAGAGGGUAUAAGAAGGACGUGUAUGGAUUUAUCAAUGUUGACACAACAUGUCUUCACUACAAGGAUGACCCUUUUAUCUUAGGAAUUCAAGCAGAACAAGUUUGUUAUGCUAAGGAUGUUGAAAAUCCAAAUUGGUGUUCUGUGAUAAAGUUGAGACCAAGAAACCUCUUUGCUAUGCCAAAUAGGGAGCAAGAAGUAGAUGAUGAGAAUGAUAAUUCUAAUUUUGAGCCUUAUGAAUUGAACGAAGUUCUAAGAAGUCAACAUGAUAUGGGUGGUAGUGAAGAAGGUUCUGAAGACAUGACUAGCUGGUGUAGAAGUGAUAUGGAGGGAUUGGGUAUUGAAGUAAGUGUUGAUGAAAAUAUUCACUUGGAAGAUGACCUUUUGUCUGACAAUAAUGAGACUGAUAUCGAAGAAGACGAUAAUGUUUAG